AUGGCGGACGCUUCGCGUGGCAUCCGCAAGCCACGAAAGUCCCGAGGCAGGGGACUGCGUGCCACCACCGGAUGCCUAGUUUGCAAGCGACGCCAUGUCAAAUGCGACGAAGUUCGUCCGCAAUGCGGGCCUUGCGCCAAGGGCCAACGCCCAUGCGUUUAUGGUGGUGGCGAUACUGCAUCACAACAGAUUGAUGCUUCCUCUUCCGAUGGAACUAUCCACCGUGUAACCUCACCGCAGUCGCAAAUCCAUGAGCCCCUGCGAGUUUUGGUGGACGCAUGCCAUCAAGAACAACCCGUUCAACAUCCCACCGAUGCCACCCCUCGGAAAUCAUUCACGACAUCGCCAGGCCUGAGUUCUGCUAGAGCUGUUUCUCGGCACGGCCAGGGGGUGAGUCCGCUGUCGCCCCCGGGAUAUGCACCGUCACCCGGGACAGAGUCUUCGUCCACAUCCAACAGAUUGGCACCGUUAAGCUGGUUCGAACUACUUGCAAAUGACGCUGCCAACGCGGAUAGAGACUUUCUAUUAUCUCCACCACAGCGAGUUCCUUCAUCGGUGGCAGUAGAAUCCCCGGUCGCUCUACCACAAAGCCCGGUUUUGCAGCCUCGUAACCAGCGCGAACGUGAAAGCUUUCAAGCGGCUUCUUUCCGGAGGGACCCUGAGAUCGACGAAAGACUAGCCGCGGCACCAGUGGAUGAUGCACCGACAUCAUUGCCAGAUGAAUAUUCCUCCUGGAAUACUGCGACUCCCAUUGAACUGUCGGACCAGGGUCAUUUCAUGUUCAACCAUUUUGUGCGGACACUAGGCGCCUGGAUGGAUUUCUUUGACCCGACACUGCAACUUUCUACCACACUGCCGCACCUGGCUCUGAGGAAUAUCGGAUUGAUGAAGGCGCUUUUAGCUCUCUCAGCACGACAUCUCUCGCUGUGGAGCGAGACUAAUCAGUAUCAACACAAUGGUACAGCUCCCGAAAAAGUCAACUCUUUCGACAUUGCAGAUUCUGAGAAGGAGGUUGCUUCCACAGUCAAUCGCAAUGUUGCUGUUCAAUAUUACUACGAAACACUGCAGUAUUUGAACAAGGCCAUGCAAUAUCCUUCUUACACUCGCAGCGCCGAGUUGAUUUGCACGGCCCUUCUCAUUAGCACGUAUGAAAUGGUUGACGGUUCCAACUAUGAUUGGGAACGACAUCUCAAGGGGGUUUUCUGGAUCCAGCGAUUCCAGAAUAAUAACGGUGAAUCGGGAGGUGUUCGACAGGGGGUUUGGUGGGCCUGGCUUCGACAAGAUGUCUGGGUAGCCAUGCGAGAGCGUCGCCGAGUUUUCUCAUUCUUUCAGCCUCGGAAGCAGUAUUCCAUGCUAAAUGCUGCCGAGUUCACUUGUCGUGCCUACUAUCUACUAUCACAAUGCGUGAACUACGCCUCCCGGGAAGAAUCAGAGACCAUCGACAUACAGCAACGCCUGGAGCGGGGGAACGAAUUGCUUUUCAUGCUGCAGGAGUGGCAAGAUUACCUGCCGCGGGAAUUCAGGCCACUCCCAUUGAAGCAGACUUCCGAGGUCUUUCCACCAAUCUGGAUCCACCCUCCUCCUUACGCGGCGGCUGUACAGCUGCACAGUUUAGCCCGCAUCUUGGUAGUAUUGCAUCGUCCAUCAAUUGGCGGCCUCCAGGACUACCGCGCAGCGCAAAGACUGCUUGCAGCAUCUGUCAAUACCGUCUGCGGAAUAGCGCGCAUGGUCAAAGAGAACGAUGUCCCUGCUAGUCUCGUGUCGCUCAACUGUCUACUUGGAGCUGGAAUGAGUGUCCAUGCUCCCCAUGAACGAACAGCGCUGUUGGAUCUCAUCGAGAUCUUUCAGUGUCGGGUUCGUUGGCCUGCCGAUUCAUUGAGGAAGGAGCUUGAAUCGGAAUAUCAAAAAGAUGAACUUUCUGCCUUCGCUGGUUAA